CUUUUUCCUCCCAUUGGAACUAUUUCUCACUUCGGCGCGCUCCGCCUCGCAAUCUUCAACCCCGCAUUCGGUCAUCGCGACACCUUUUGACUUCCUCCUGACAGACAUACAUCCCACCGCCCAACGUAUAUACUAGCUCCACCUACAAUAUGUCCGCCGCCUGCAUUUUCUGCAAGAUCAUCAAGGGUGAUAUCCCUUCUUUCAAGCUCUUCGAGAGCGACAAGGUCUUUGCCUUCCUUGACAUCCAGCCCCUCAGCCGUGGACACGCGCUCGUGAUCCCCAAAUACCACGGUGCUAAGCUCACCGACAUCCCCGACGAAGAUCUGCGGGAAAUCCUGCCCGUCGCAAAGAAGAUCGCCCAGGUUACUGGCGCCGAGGACUUCAACAUUCUGCAGAACAAUGGUCGUAUAGCCCACCAGGUUGUGGAUCAUGUUCAUUUCCAUAUGAUCCCCAAGCCCAACCAAACAGAAGGUCUCGGUAUCGAGUGGCCCGCCCAGGCUACUGACAUGGACAAGCUUAAGGCUUUGUUUGAGGAGCUCAAGUCUAAGAUCUAAAGCAGGUAGUACAUACUAAAGGGGCGUCUUGCACAGAGGCGUUUAUCGACCAUGUGCUACGGGUUUGAUCUCUGUUUGUACAACAGGAAAUCCAGGCUAAAGAGCAAUACACAUGUGCUACGCUGUAGAAAA